CCGUUUUCAGACUUUUACAGAGAAGAGAAGAUGAACAGGAAGAAGAGAUUGAAAGAAAAAUGGAUGGGCGAAACCGAAUUCAUCUCAGAGAGAUGGAAUUAGGCGGCGGCGGAGGAGGAAGAUCACCACAAAUCCCUCUUCAUCCAGUCGAAAACCCUCAUCACCACGACCACCACCUCCAACAACCAGAUUUCCACCCACAUCAAGCCCUAAUUGAAGAACAACUCCACCACCAACACCGUGAAAUGCAAAACCUAUUAUUAGACAAUCAACGAUUAGCAGCAACACAUGUAGCACUCAAACAAGAACUCUCAGCUUCCAAUGAAGAAAUCCGUCACAUCUCUACAGUUGCUUCUCAGGUGAAAGCAGAUAGAGAUAUUGAAAUCAGAUCACUAUAUGAACAGUCAUUGAAAUUAGAAUCGGAGGUUUCAUCAAUUGGGAAAUUUAGUUCUGAGUUAGCUCAAGCUAAGGUUGAUAUACAGAAAUUGAAUGCUAACAAAUUGGAUUUAACUUCGAAGUUGCAGGCUGUCAAUGGUGAUCUCGUUAGGGUUCGUCAAGAACGGGAAGAAGCUAAAUCAAUUGAGUCUGACAUUGAUGCCAUGCGCCUUGAGGUCCAAAAGGGAAGGGCUGCUAUUGAGUUUGAGAAAAAGGCACAUGCUGAAAACCUUGAACAUAAGCAAGUAUUGGAGAAAAACAUGAAUGAAUUGACUCAAGCAAUUGAGAAACUACGUUCAGAGCUUGCUGACGCAGAGAAGAGAGCUCAAGCGGCAAAUGCAGCUAGUGCUUCUGUGAUGGUUGCUCCAAACCCAGGUCCUGUAUAUGCUGGAAGCUAUGGACAUCCUCAGAUGGGAUAUGUGGGAGUCAGACCUUCAUAUUUUGAUCCUUACAGAUGUUGUUCAUUUCAGGUGCAACGCAAUGUUGAUGCCCGGUUUCAGUAUGGAUCAGAAGCAAUUGCAUAUGCUCCAUAUGGCGUACAACAAAGUCAAGUAUAUAGAUGAAUGCCGUUAGACAUUGAACCACCAGGAUUCUUAUUCAUGCCGUGCACAAUAUGAGAGAAGGCAGAAUCUGUUUCGGGUUGCCCCAGGAAUUAGAGCUUGCUUGACCUCUCCAGGGCGUCUCAAAUGUUAUACCGUUGUCAGAAGUCUUCUUCAACCAAAUACAGGCUACAUAUUUUGGUUAUAUUGCCACUUGUGAAUAUAUUCUCAGUUCUCAAUCAUAAACGAGCACUGUAUUUACAACUGGAGACUCUGAUCUUGUCGUUUUUGCACUUUUCUGAUCUAAAUUCUAAGGUUCACUCUAGCCUGUGGAUAUGGAAUGUUGGUUUAGGUUUUUUGUUAGAGAGAUGUGUCUUACUCCACCGGUUCUUGUGGAGAAUCAACCAAGGCAGAAAAAAAUAAUUUAUUAUUUUCAAAAAUUUGGGUUGCUGGA